AUGUGUACUCGUCGCAAUCUGUACUCGUACUCCAUGGCCGCUCCGCGUAGUGUCACUGCUCUCCAAAGCUCGGCACGGACGAUGUGGUUCACCGGCGUGGUCAUCGCUUCAGUUUACGGUGUUAUCAUUGUUUUGGGGCUUAUCGGCAACAUCACGCUCAUCAAGACCUUUUGCUCGUCCAAAUCCGUCCGUAAUGUGCCCAAUCUCUUCAUGUCCAGCCUUGCACUCGGGGAUGUUUUACUGCUGGUGACUUGCGCUCCGGUGGAUGCAAGCCGCUACCUGUCAGAUGAGUGGCUGUUCGGGAGAGUGGGCUGCAAAGUCAUCCCAUUCAUUCAGCUCACCUCGGUCGGGGUAUCUGUGUUCACUCUUACAGCCCUGUCUGCUGACAGGUACAGGGCCAUCGUGAGGCCUCUGGACAUCCAAACAUCCAACACCACUUCCAGCAUCGUCCUGCGAGCGGCGCUCAUCUGGCUCUUCUCACUUAUCCUGGCGAUCCCAGAGGCCGUCUACUCUGACCUCCACACCUUCAGCGUCACCUCCUCCAAUGACAGCUUCGUCACCUGUGCUCCUUAUCCCCAUGCUGGGGAACUGCACCCUAAGAUCCAUUCCAUGGCCUCCUUUUUAAUGUUCUACAUCAUUCCCCUGUUGGUCAUAUCUGUGUAUUACACCUUCAUUGCCCAGAGCCUGAUGAGGAGCGCCUCAAAUAUGCCUAUGGAGGGGAACGUGCAUGCAAGACGACAGGUUGAAUCAAGAAAGCGUUUGGCGAAGACAGUGCUGGUGUUUGUUGGCCUCUUUGCAGUGUGCUGGCUUCCCUGUCAUAUCAUCUAUUUAUAUCGCUCCUAUCACUACUCACAGGUGGACACUUCCCUUCUUCACUUUGUAUGCAGCGUUGUCGCGCGUAUCCUGGCCUUCACCAACUCCUGCCUCAACCCCUUCGCCCUUUACCUGCUGAGCGAGACUUUCCAGAAGCAGUUCAACCAGCAGCUGUGUUGUUGCUGUCGUAUAAUCUUUAAACGCUCCACACAGAGCCCGACUCGUUUUAACACACAUUUGACGUCCGUCCGCAGCUCACGUCACUCCAUGGCCAGUCUGAACAUGAUCAAUGGCAGAAAAGUGUAUCAGGAGGAUUGUGUGUAAAUGAUGUGUGUUUAUAAGUGUGUAAGUGUGUUUGUGUGUGUUUGUUUUUGUGAGGGACACACUUUUUUGUUGUGAUUUCAGUUUACCUAAUAAUCAAAUAAUAUCAUUAAUACAUAUUAUCACGUAAAAGAGUAUGUCAUUGCAAUCCAUUGCUCCGUUAGUGAUUUGCUUUCGUAAUAAACGUAAUUAUUUUUUUCCAGUAAAUUUAUUUUUAGGUGUAACUGAUUCUUUCUAACAAGCAGCUGUGUUGAGCGAGCAUUAUUUAAAAAAACUCUACAAAUGAAUGUAAGUCUUUUUUUUCUCACAAUUACCUCUGGCUUUGGUCGCAUGUCACGCUUUCAUGAGAACACUGAACCAGCGGUGUGUAGCCUAGGCAACAGAAGAACUCAAAAGGACAGGGAAACGGUGGUUUCUCAUAAGUAUUGUUGUGGGACAAUAUAUUUCAUCUUUACCUUAGCUUGGUGUUAUGAGUUCUGUUGAAUUCCAACACAGAGAAAUGUUGUCAGUAGUUUAUAAAAAAAUAAAAAUAAUAAUAAUACACAUUUCUAUAAAUAUAUCUAUAAAAAGUGGCCAUGCUGGUAGCUAGGAGACAGGGUCCUAUAAUGCAGCAUGGCGGAAUCUCUCUCCUUGGAGGGAAUUGAAUAUCAUGCGACUACAUGUUAAAUCUCCAAGUCAGAGCAAAGAUAAACAUUAAACCAUAGAGACAAAAUAAAUGGUAUUUUGAUGAUGGCUUCACUGAACAACAAGAGUAACAUGUUUCAUACAUGUUUACAAAUCUGACAGAGGAGCAGAAUUUGAGACAGGAAAAUGUUAAACUACGUGGACAAGAUUUAGGGAAUUGAAAAGACACACAAUGAUAAAGUAGAAACUAGUAUAAGUCUUUAGAAAGGCUCAUAAGGUUCAUAUAAUUCCAUAGUAAUACAGUAAAUUCACAAAAAUUGGCAAUCGUGCUCUGUUUUUUGUCAAAUAAUAAGUGAGAGAGUCAGUAGUCUCUAUCUAAUAUGGGGUAUAUUCUUUUAUUGGUGAACAUUCUUCUGAAUAUUGAUGUAUAAUAAGUCACCUGCACCGUGUGUGCACAAUCUUUUUAAAUGUUUGACGCUGUGAUGAUAACUGUGAACUUUAAACUCUUUCUUCAUAGAUGUAUCUUAAAUGUUAUUUGUCCACUGGUUACAGGAUGAUUAUAGAGCCGAGACUAAGGUGUACUUGUACAAAUCAACAGUGAAUAUAAAUCAAUGUGUUAGAAAUUGAAUUUGUAAUGUGGUGAUGCAUUACGCAAUGUCUGUUUCUGCUUUGCUUGUGAUUGU